AUGACUGGACACGAUGUGAGUCACUCUACGUCGCUUACGCUGGGGAUAGGGCUGCUAGCUGCUACCAUGACGAUCGUCACUGCAGGCAGCGUGGGUCUUCUGGGCUUUAUUCUGGGUCGACAGCUGCCCCAACAGGAAGCUCCCAACAGCGCGAGUCUACACGACAAGAGCUCAGUGGAACAGGAGCGACGCCGUCGACUGCGUAUCCCGAGCGGAACUGCGAGUGAAGAUGUCAAGGUCUCGGACAAGAAUGCGAUCGUGGACGUGCGAAUCUCUGACAUCCGGCCUCUCAUGCCGCCGGCCAUUUUGCGGGAGGAGAUCCCACUCACGACGACGAUCGUGCAGACGAUCACACGAAGUCGACAGGGGCUGGCCAAUGUGUUGCGUCGUCUAGAUGACCGUCUUGUAGUCGUGGUGGGGCCGUGCUCUAUCCACGACACGGACGCUGCCAUGGACUACGCGAAGCGCUUACUGGGACUUAAAAAGGAGCUGAACAAGGAGCUGCUUAUUAUCAUGCGCGUGUACUUUGAGAAGCCACGAACGACCGUCGGUUGGAAGGGACUAAUCAACGACCCAGACCUCGAUGGAUCUUUUAACAUUAACAAGGGUCUGCGAGUAGCUCGGGAGCUGCUGGCUGCUAUCAAUGAGCUCGGUCUGCCGGCUGGCUGCGAAUUCCUGGACACCAUGUCGCCGCAAUUUAUCUCGGAUCUGGUCAGCUGGGGCGCCAUUGGGGCGCGUACUACCGAGUGCCAGCUGCACCGAGAGCUUUGCUCGGGUCUAUCCAUGCCCAUUGGUUUUAAAAACGGAACAGGUGGUGAUCUGCAGCUGGCGGUGGAUGCUGUUGUGGCGGCCAAACACCCGCACUGCUUUCUGAGUGUAAGCUCGCAGGGUCUGGCCGCCAUUGUCAACACCUCUGGCAACGAUACGUGCCACUUGAUUCUCCGUGGCGGCAAGGUAGGCCCCAACUUUGAAAAAGAGCACAUUGUGGAUGCGUCUGCCCGUAUGCUCAAGGCGGGUCUGGUGGACAAUAUCAUGGUGGACUGCUCGCACGGCAACUCGCAGAAGAAGCACAAGAAUCAAGUCACGGUAGCUGCUAAUAUCGCCGAUCAACUGCGCGCCGGUGAUGACCGCAUUGUUGGUGUGAUGCUCGAGUCUAACAUUGAGGAGGGCAAUCAGCCGCUGACCCCCGGCAAACCGCUCGUGUACGGCAAGAGUGUGACUGAUGCCUGCAUGGGAUGGGAAACGACCGUCGCGGUGCUGCGCGACUUGGCUUCUGCUGUGCGUGAACGCCGGGCUAGGAACCAUCAGUAA